GGGGCCACUCGCAUAGAGAACAGUGUCAGUCAGCACAGUGUAAUCAGGCAGAUCGGAUCAGUUGCACGUUCCUCAUAUUAUUAUUUCUCGGCCGCAAAGUGAACUGACUAGAAAGCAUCAUUAAGAGGAUGGCGAUCGCUAACAAGAACAUUAUCUUUGUCGCUGGACUGGGUGGUAUUGGACUGGACACCAGUCGGGAGAUUGUCAAGAGUGGACCAAAGAACCUGGUGAUCCUUGACCGUAUCGAGAACCCGACCGCUAUUGCCGAGCUGAAGGCAAUCAACCCAAAGGUGACAGUCACAUUUUAUCCCUAUGAUGUAACUGUGCCGGUGGCAGAAACCACAAAGCUACUGAAGACGAUCUUUGCCAAGCUGAAGACUGUGGAUCUGCUUAUCAAUGGCGCUGGCAUUUUGGACGAUCACCAGAUUGAGCGUACUAUUGCGGUAAACUUUACGGGCACGGUGAAUACCACAACUGCCAUUAUGGAAUUCUGGGAUAAGCGCAAGGGCGGCCCGGGCGGAGUUAUUGCAAACAUUUGCUCGGUGACUGGCUUUAAUGCCAUCUACCAGGUGCCUGUUUACUCCGCCUCAAAGGCAGCUGCUCUAAGCUUUACCAACUCACUGGCCAGACUGGCGCCUAUUACUGGUGUAACGGCCUAUUCCAUCAAUCCGGGCAUCACUAGGACACCCCUGGUGCACAAAUUCAAUUCGUGGCUGGAUGUCGAGCCACGCGUGGGCGAGCUACUUCUUGAGCAUCCCACUCAAACGACUCUGGAGUGCGCCCAGAACUUUGUUAAGGCCAUUGAGGCCAACCAAAAUGGAGCCAUCUGGCAACUGGAUUUGGGUCGCCUGAUCUCCGUUGAAUGGACCAAGCACUGGGACUCACAUAUCUAAGCCAUUCAAAUCCGAGCAAGGAGCAUCUGCAUUUAAAAAACCCAUAGUCUCUAGGCGACCAAUAUCUGAUUCAACGUACAAAUUCGUAAUUGGUUAGGGUUGAAUCUUACGGAACUAAAUUCUUAUAAAAGGCUGAACAUAUAUCAUUCAAAUCAUUCUGAUGUACGAAUUCACACGCACAUAUUGUGUAAUAUGGAAUUCUGAAUAUAACCAAAAAAUAAAAAUCUGA